AUUCAGCUCAACCGUAAGCGAGUGAAGAAUGAAGUCAUGAACAUACGGGAGAACCUCGACACAGUUCUUAACUACAAUAUUUUCGUUGAUGAUAACAGGUACAAAACCGAUGCGAAGCUUAAAUUUAAAGAGUCCCAAUCUCAAUAUCGCUAUGCAAAAUUUAUGAGGAGGAGAAAUAGGGGUUUGAUAAAGUUCUAGCAACUAUUCCCUGCAAGUUCUGAUACUAUACUAUCUCUUACAGAUGGAUAGUGAAUUUUGGAAAUAUACUUUAUUUAUCCUAUUCGGUCUGAUACUUCUAUUCAUGCAUGUAUUUAAAUAUCAGACCAUUAAAGACAAGCAAUACUUUUUGAUAAUUCAGACAGUGAUGUUGGUAGCAAUCACUCCGAUAGAUCAUUCAGAGGUAGACAAUGAUGACUUCAGAGUGUACUUUGGAUCAUCAAUAUAUUUCCUAGUUUUUGGUGAGAGUUGGAUUCACUACUUAUGAUAUGCAAUCCUACUCAAUUUAUUUAGAUUUAUCGUCAAAGGUUACCCUCUCUACUUCCUCACCUACACCCAGUGGCUGUAUCUUGGAGUUUCAAGUGUUAUAUUCAUAUUUGGAGAAAGAAUUCUUAAAGAAUACUGGGUACUUUGUGAUUCUCAUAAAUAAAAGUUUUGACAUUUUCAGAGGUCUCUAUGAAUCCAACGAUAGCCCAUCAUUCAUUUUGGACAAGAAAGGAAAGAUCUUGUAUACAAAUAAGGCAGGAGUCUCCAUUAUCGGGAAGAGAUAUACAAAGGUUAAAAAUAAGAAUGACCUCAACAAUAUAUUCGCCUUGGUCCAUACAGCAUCAAAAGAAAAACUAGAAAAAAUAAUCAAAUUAGUCAUUCAGAAUGAAGCCUUUGUUAAUGAAGAAAACCAACAUAUAGCAUUUCUCCAAAAUUGUGACCCAGAUGAAGAGAAGGAGGGAGGAAUAGACGAUGUUGGCCCUCUUAUUCAAGCAGAUAGAUUGGUCUAUUACCUAGCAAAAGCAAGGCUUUGAGCAUGGAAAUCAGGAAGUUGUGUAGUCCUCACACUUGAAAAUAUGAUGGGACAACUUAUCAGGAAUAGACUUAUAAAUUGCCACUCUACUUUAAUAAUGUCCCUAGCUGAUAGUCUUACUAAGGAUCUUAAUUCUAUGCAAAUUAGAGCUGCAAAUACUAGGCAAAUUCCUCGUGGGCAAUGGGUUAGUGCUACUCGUUUAUCUCAUCAACUUCGUACUCAUUUCCAAAAUAUGAGCACUGUGCUUAGCGCUACUCACGGAGGAGACGAUGAUAAAGUCGAAGCAUUCAAUUUAGUAGACGAAAUCAGAGAUUUAUCAAACGAGGUAACUCUGGCUUUGACUGAGCACGAGUUUGACGUUGACUUAUCCUACGAAGCUGGAAUCCCUGAGCGAGUGUUUGGAAACCUGCCUCGUUUCAAACAGAUCAUGUCGAUCUUAUUCACAGUUGGCCAGAAGCAGGCGACUUCAGCAAGCCCAAUGGCAUGCCACCUAAAAUUCUUAAGAAAAGAUGAGCGCAAAUAACUGAAUUGUGGGAAUUGAAGUGAGCUUUCCGAAGGGAGAUUUCAUUCAGGUCGAUAAACUGAACAAGAUACUAUCAAAUACUCAACUUAGCUCAGACUUCUUCCUUCAAUUUCGAGAAGAACUACAGGCUUAUGAUCUAGGAAUGUUCGUGCUAGGAAGAUUGAUAAAUUUGGAGGGAGAACAAAUAUAUGCUGAAGCAAGGCCAGGUGGAGCAGUAGCCAUCUGGCUUGAGAUGUCCUUUAGCCUAUUAUAUCGAGGAUGAUCACAAAGACUAGAAAUGUCAGAUGUACAAGCAGACAUGGCACAAAGGUUUAACAGGAAUUCUGGAGAACCGCAAGCACAGGAGAAUAUUAACUCUAGUGUGAGUCCGAUUAGUGGGUAUCCGGGGAACGAAGAGAACAAAUUUCAAUAUGGUCGUUCACUGACUCAGCGAAAUUCAAAUUCAAAAAACUCAAAGAAUUCUAAGAACUCUAAAAGCUCAAAGAAAGGUAUGAGUGGGCUGCCUGCUAAUAUAAAUAUCACGAACUCAGGUCAGAAUCUUAGCAGCAAUGGAUUGCCAAUGAAAUAUGAAAGUAGUAAGAACUCUAAUGAAAGUUAUGUUGUAAAACAGAAAUCAACUCCAUUCCCUAUUCCAAAAUAACCAUAAGAGGUUUAAAAAUAGGAGCAGGGGGUCUAUCAUACAGACAAGGACACCUAAAAAGCAACUUGAAACUCCUGAGGCACCUAUAUUUUUUCCGCAUCAGAAUAGGGACCGCCUCAUUAAUAUGGCUAAACAUCGCUCAAAUUGUGCUACUUACUUAAACAAUGCUUCCUCGUUGAAAAGACAAAAUUUUGACUCAUUGAAGAACUAUAAUGAGUUUGUUGAGCCACAGUUUGGCGCCCCUUCUGGGUUCAGCUCCCAUCAAGAUAUUAAUAAAGGGACAAUAGUCAAAUCCCCUAGAAAUAUUGAGAGUAACUCUGAAGAGGGAGAACUAUUUGAGAGUGAAGAAAGCGAAUACGAGGAAGAAAAUAAUUUCAAUAUGCUUAUAGAUAGACAAUCCAGAGGCAAAUAUGAUCACCAAUCAAUGACUGUGGUCGAUGGGCAGAGAAUAGAGAGAAGAGCAGACCAAACUGUUUAUGACGAGGAUAACAAAAUGAUACAUAAGACAAAACUGGAAUAUCGGUUGAAUUUAUCAUGAAAUGACUUGUACUCGUCGUCUGAAGAGGGCGAUAUGAUUCCAAAAAAUAACAACUAUGCGACUUAUAUGAAUAAUUUCUCCCAUAAUUAUCUUCAGCCAGCAAAGCCUAUGAAUCUACAAAAGAAGAUACUUGAAGCAAAUUUCAAUCAAAGCAGCAACAAAAGUAUUCACGAUGAGGGAGCUUCUCCUUCGCGAAAACUUUUCCAACGACCCAUAUUGUACAAAUCAAACUAUCACUCAGGGGAAAAUGGAAAACACCAACGCCAAAGCUCACUUUUGAAGCCAUCCAAUAAUCUAUUCACAUCCAGAAAGAUGGAUAUUAUUGAAAACAUUAAUCCAUCAUUGUCAAGAGCUAUUCAGAUCCAAGAGAUGCCUUAUGAAGGGGCAGGCCUCAUACUUAAUGACAGAUACGAUCGCAACCGGACAGCAAGAGGAGAUGACACCCAACAGAAACAGAGAGAGCUCAUGAUGGAAGACUCCAUGGCAAAUCAUUAUGAGAUUUGGUGCAGUGAUCAUGAAGUAGAGGGUUAGAAAUACAUUUUAUACCAAUAAUAACCAACUUGAUGUGGGUUUAGUAUAGUGAUAAAAUAAAUUUAUACUAACAACUUUAGAUUCUAUAAUUUCGU